GAGUGAGAGAGAGAGAGAGAGAGAGAGAGAGAGAGAGAGAGAGAGAGAGAGAGAGAGAGAGAGAGAGACGCACAUACAGGGAGUAGGAGGAACACUGAUCUUGUUUGUAGUGCUGGAAGUGAGCAUCCAGGAGGAUGCCUAUAUUAAAUAGAUUCUUGAACUCGGAGCUAGGCAGGAGGUGGAAGGCAGGUGAGGAGCUGCUCCCUAGCUCUGUGUGGACACUCUCUACCUACCAGCAAGGAGCACUCACCAUGGAGCUGCCUGAGUUAAUCCAACUGGUCAAGCUGGUCUGGAAAUCCAAGCACAACUUGCAGGGACCAAAGAAGAGAGGGAUUUUUGAAAAUGAGGACGCCUUGGCUAAUUACCAAGGAGAUGCACGAGUGAGAGAGCAAGCAAGGGUUCUCUCUGAGCGCCGAGGAUCCUUCCCAUUCAUAGACUUCCGAUUACUAAACACAACAGCAAAUUCAGGAGAAAUCGGCACUAAAAAAAAAUUGAAGAGACUGUUAAGUUUCCAGAGGUAUUUUCAUGCUUCCAGACUGUUGCGUGGAAUUGUGCCACAGACCUCUCUACACCUUUUAGACGAAGACUACCUUGGACAAGCAGGGCACAUGUUGUCGAAGGUUGGAACGUGGAAUUUUGACAUCUUCUUGUUCGAUCGACUUACCAAUGGAAACAGCCUGGUUACGCUUUUGUGCCAUCUUUUUAACGGCCAUGGUCUUAUUCAUCAUUUCCAGCUCGAUAUGGUGAAAUUGCACCGGUUUCUAGUUAUGGUGCAAGAGGACUACCACAGCCAGAAUCCUUACCACAAUGCUGUCCAUGCUGCUGAUGUGACUCAAGCCAUGCACUGCUACCUAAAGGAGCCCAGGCUUGCCAGGUAUCUCACCCCUCUCGAUAUUUUCCUGGGACUGUUGGCAGCUACAGCUCAUGAUGUUGAUCACCCAGGGGUCAACCAGCCCUUUCUGGUCAAAACCAAACACCACCUUGCAAGCUUGUACCAGAAUGUGUCCGUAUUGGAAAACCAUCACUGGAGGUCGACAGUGGGCAUGCUCCGUGAGUCAGGGCUCCUGUCCCACCUGCCUGUGGAAAUGACGCAGGAAAUUGAACAACAGUUGGGUUCCCUAAUUCUGGCAACAGACAUUAGCCGGCAGAAUGAAUUCCUCAGCAGUUUUAAAACUCAUCUGGACAACGAUGAUCUGAGUUUGGAAGAUGCAGAACACAGGCACUUCAUGCUGCAGAUUGCUCUCAAGUGCGCAGACAUCAGCAACCCUUGCAGGGUGUGGGAGAUGAGCAAGCAGUGGAGUGAGAGAGUCUGUGAGGAGUUCUACAGGCAAGGUGACCUAGAGACAAAGUUUGAACUUGAAAUCAGCCCUUCGUGUAAUCAGCAUAUGGAUACCGUUCCUGCCAUACAAAUAGGCUUUAUGACAUACCUUGUGGAACCUCUCUUUGAUGAAUGGAGGCGAUUCACGGACAACACGCCCCUCACAGAGGCCAUGAUGAGCCACCUCAGGAAGAACAAAGCCAGGUGGAGGGCACUGCAUCACAAUCAGCACCACAGGGGUGAUGAUGGCUCUGGCCAGCGCAGCGAGGUGGUUGAAUCAGGACCCUAAUCUCGUAACAAGACGGGAAUCACUUAGCAAGGGUGUUGCUGUUUGAACUCUUCAUGGGAGAUGCCUGUGUUGAGAUCUAUCGAAAUAUUACAGGGUACUCUUAAGUGUUGCCAAUGGUAGACAAGAGAAACAGAAAGACUGAGGAAGAAACAACCAAAUCCUCUGCUUUUUCCCCCUUGUCUUGCAUUCAUUUUGGAUGUAGCGGUCUCACUCCCUCUGAAACGUAAUCAGUAAACCAAGUUUGUUUUCCAAUGUGGUUCCAAUGGAAGAAUGCCAUUUUUGAAGGAGGACAAGAGGCAACAGAAGUGAAUUUUGUUUUAUUUUUUUAAAACAGAUAAAUCUUGCUGUGAAAACUGGAGUUAAAAACAUGGCGAACAUUCAAACAGCAGCUGGGCUGCACGAAAAAUAAAACAAUUAAAACCAGCGUACAUACUCAAAUAAGCUACAUAUAUUUUACACAUUUUUAAAGUUUGCACCAGCCACUGGUUGAGCUUUCAUACUUUGGACUAGUUUCCGUUUUACACAAGUGCAGAAAUAGUUGUUGUGGCCUCGUUUUGUAUAUGCAAAAGAUGGUAUACUUUCUAUUGAAAAAUAAUCUACUGAAAAGUCUAUUUUUUAAUUAUUGAAGAGUAUAACCAACAAAAGCACCAUGUAUACCUUUUGGCUUUUUAUAUACCUUUAUGUAUACUGUUAUUGGUUAUCAUUGUAUUUUUGGUAAAUAAUUAAGCUACUGAUUCACAUGGCAAAUUACUGUCUAAUAUUGGUACCUGUAUAAAAUAAUGUGGCAUCUGUGUCACUGUUUAAAGAAUACUGUUACUUUUAAUACAAAGGGUAUUUGUAAAUAUUUUAUAACAUAAUACACAAUUGUGUGCAUAGUUAAAGAGUAAGUAGCUGGGUUCCAAAAAAUAUAGCGUUACAUGUCUCCACACGUGUUACUACAACUGUUUAAAAAACGUACCUGUAAUUUUUAUUAACAUCCUGACAACUUUUUACACUUAUAACUUAAUCUGUUUCAAAGAUCUUUUCAAAAUGGCCACUCUAAGGAUUAUUUACCACAUUGUCAAACAGGUAAUACAACACUACCGAUCCAUGAUGUGGUACGGAAUAGAAAAGCCAGAACACUUCUUAUGUUUUUUUUGUUUUUUUUCUCAAACUUUUUGUGCCACGCCCCCCUUCCUCUUGUCUGUGGUAACUGACCCCACCCCCACCACAACACAACACACACGUACGUAUGGUUAAAAUAAAAAAAUCCAACAUGCCUUUGGCUUCUUUGUAUGUCACUGCUGUCAGGAUGUUAAUAAUAAAAAGAAAAAUUACAAGUAUGUUACUUAAACAGUUGUAGCAACACGUGGGGACGUAUAACAUAUAUAUAUAUAUAUAUAUAAUGUUUCAGAAACCCGCUACUUAUUCUUUAAGCCUUAACAUUAUCAUUUGCCACGUGAAUACAAACUACCUUUGUGAUUAAAUUAAAACAGCAUUUUUAUAACACAUAAUCUUUUUAAAUUACAGUAGCUUAUCAAAUCUAGGGCAUUUCUGGAAGUUCACGAUUCCCAAGCAUUCCAUUAUGUCUUACAGCGUGCUCAUUUUUGCAAUUUAUUAGCUUGUUGUUAGGUUAAAACAAAUUUUGGUUUUAAAUACUUGGGAAGCUUCAUUAUUAGAUGUUUCUUAUUUAGCUUGUGGCAAUACAGCAGCUCAUUUAAGUUCUGUCUACAUUUAUCCAACCCAUAUGGAUUGUUGUUCUCAUCUGAUUAAUUGUUUAAAAUGUCUGUGCAAGUAUGCCUAAAGUUCAAUCUUUAUUAUUAUUAUUUUUUUUCUACUCUUAAAAUACAACAACAACAACAUACUAGUAAAGCAUUUUAAAGUCAUACAAUAAACCCUGUAAGAACUUUAGGUAUUUUGAAAUAAACAAGUGACUGUUAUCACACUAUUUCUGUUCAUAUUGCAUAUGAACAGAAAUAUUUCUAAUAACACAUAAAUACAUUCUUUGUAUCUACCUUUUCAAUGAACACCCUGCUCCACUUAUUAAGCAGUCAUUUAAACACAGGUUUUUUUUAUUUUUAUUGUACAUGUAAAUCUAUACAAUUAGCCACCACUACCCAUACAGUAUUUGAAAUCCAAAAGUAUUUUUAAUAUGUGUUUUGCCCACCCAUUUUCUGAUCACUGUGACAAGUGGAAAUGGCUUUUUAUUAUUAUUUAUUUCUUAGCAGACACCCUAAUCCAGGGCGACUUACAAUUGUUACAAGAUAUCAUAUUAUUUUUACAUACAAUUACACUAUUUUUUACAUACAAUUACCCAUUUAUACAGUUGGGUUUUACUGGAGCAAUCUAGGUAAAGUACCUUGCUCAAGGGUACAGGAGUGUCCCCCACCUGGGAUUGAAACCACAACCCUCCGGUCAAGAGUCCAAAGCCCUAACCACUACUCCACACUGCUACCUAUAAAUGUUUUUAAAUGUUUAAACUAUAUUACAUGUUAGGUUUUCAUGACUAUGGUAUGUUCAAUUGUUAAAAGAAUACAUCCUCCUACUUGUGAAAACAAAAAAAUAUUAUCCUAACAUUGUAAAUUGAUUUGCACAGAGUACAAUUUUGGGGUAUGACAGUGACAAUGCAAGGAGUUGAGGAAAUUUGUCAAAAGACAUGCAAAUACAAUUCACACCGCUGCCUCCAAUUACAUUUGUUUUACACACACGUCACAUUUUGUAUUCAACUUCUGAAAUAAAAUGUUUUAAACAACUGUGUUGCCCUUUUAUAA